AUGGAUUGGUGGGGAAAAGUGGUGUUCCCGUUGAGGCGAGCUUGGGAGGCCGUCGCCGCUCGCAUUGAGGCGAGCAGGAAAACCGGUGAGUUCCCGAAGCUCCCCUCUGCGGUUUCUUUCUCCCUCGCCUCCGGCCGGUUGCAUCCGAUUGAAGCUCGCGUCAUGUUCUCCUCUGCAAUCCCUGCUUCUCGUCCAAUCUCGCGAUGCGGCCGGCGAUUGGACCGGCAUGCCUUUUUGAUCUCACCUCUCUACCAGCUCUUCUUCGUCGCCUGAAAUUAUUCAGUCUCCUGCAGUUCAGUUAACAUCUGUGCACACAACUAGAGAUCUCCUGUUUUACAUCGCCUGAGCAAGUCCUUCCUGUCGUCCGAUGCAGCGUAUUCUUCAAAUCCUCGCUUCUGCAUUUCUGCGAUCUUCUCUGCAGGCACGGGGAUCCUGAAGCUUCACGACGACGUGCGGACCUGCGGGUACGGGGACGUGCAGGUGAUGUGGGAGAUGCUGCGGUCGGAGAUGGAGAUCUCCCACGCGACGAGGCGUAAGAGGAUCUGCUGGAGGGCGCUCCCCUGGUCCCGCCGAUCAGGGGGGGUGGAGCGCCAUCAACGUUGCUGA